AUGCAUAGGUCUGCAUUACGAGUUGAAACGGAGGUCCAGCUAAACAUUAGUGACGCCUUCCAGCAGAAGAAGAUGCCAAUGGGCGAAAAUGAGUUCAAAGCACUGAUAUGUGCAACAAAGAUCUUGCAUUUUCUUAUAAGCCACAACCUUCCCUACACCACUUUGUUUAAAGACUUUGUCAAUUUUGCUACAAAUGAACUACAAUGCCAAGACCUGCAACACCUAAAACAAGGAAAAAACGCGACAUACACAAGUCCCACAAUAGCAGAUGAAUUCAUGGACUCCAUGGCUACCGACAUCGAGGAGACAGUGAAGCAACGAGUAAAAGACAGUCCCGGAUAUGCCAUAAUGAGUGAUGAAACAACCGAUGUAUCAAAUAAUAAACAUCUUGCCUUCUGUGUAAAGUACAUCAACACUGAAAAUGGAGACGCCUGUAUAGAUUACUUAAAAGAUGUGAAAAUUACCGACGGAAAGGCUGAAACCAUCUUUAAAGAGACUGAGAAAGUGGUAGAAGAGCUUGGAUUAAGCAAUUUUGUCGGAUAUGCCUCAGACGGAUGCCAGACCAUGAUCGGCAAGAAGACAGGGGUUGCAACAAGGUUGAAAGCAAUUAAACCCGGCCUCGUAACUGUCCAUUGCCAUAACCAUCGAUUGGCACUGGCCGCCAAGGACAGCUUUGAAUCGAUCCCGCUCAUGAGAGAUACAGACGAUCUCCUGAACCAUGUCUUCAAGUAUUACCACUACUCUGCAAAUAAAACUGCCUCCCUACAGAAGAUACAUACUAUGUUAGAGGAGAAAGGGAAAACCAUAAAACAGGCAGGCCAUACUCGCUGGCUUUCCCACAAAGCAGCCGUCACCUCUCUACGAGACUGCUACAAGGCUGUUCUCAUCGACCUCGAAAAUGCGGAGGCAUCCGGUGCCGAUAAAGUCAGAAUGGGGAGUGGUCCAAGUGCAAGUGGGCUACUUAAGAAGCUUAAAAAUCCGGCCACUGCAAAGAUUGUUCACUUUCUGUGUGAUGCUUUAAGACCACUUACAGCACUGACACUGGUCUUUGAAAGGAAUGACAUUAACCUUUCUGUUAUUAAACCAAGGAAAGACUCCACUAUAUCUGGGCUUAAAAAUUUGAAAGAGACAUAUGGAAGCAGUGAGCGAAAAUGUGAUAAGCUCUUGGCAGACCUUGGAUUAGAGGCAACAGAGCAGCAGCUGAAGUCUGUUCAUACUGCAAGAACCAUGUUUCUGGACAAACUUGUCGACAACAUCAAUGUUCGACUGGCCUCAUCAGAUGUCAUUGAUCAGCUAGCUGUUUUUAACAUGGAUGAAACUGAAACAUUCUACGGCAAUGAUGAGAUAGCCUGCCUUGCCGACAACUUUGGGCUGGACGCUGAUGAGGUCACAGAAGAGUGGGAUGACUUCAAAAAUGCCAUCUCAUCAACAUCGCCUGAAGUCAUCAGAGGGCCACAUAGACUCAUCAAGGCCAUGAUGAAAAUAAGACCACACAAGUUCCCAAACAUAGAAAGACUGUGUGCAACAGCAGUAGUUGUGCCAGUAAGCACUGCAGAAGUAGAACGUGUGUUUUCAGAAUUGGCAAGAACCAAGACAGACCUAAGGAAUCGGUUGCAGGUUGACACAGUACACCAACUCCUGAUGAUAAAUAGGAACGAUAAAUACUUGGCAUUUGACAAAUGUGUACGAAGAUGGUACAAAAUGAAAAACAGACGAAUUUAG